AUGGCUGGUCAUAUCCCUACUGCUAUCCCUUUUACUUCUUCCAUGCUUCCCAACCCUUUCAUCCCUGAUAUGUCUAAGUUAGAUCCUUUCGAUGGGAAGAAUUAUAAGAUGUGGUCUGAUAAGAUGGAGUUUUUCUUGGGUCAAAUUGGGGUAGAUUAUUGUCUUACUGUUAUUGCUGCCCCUGCUAAUUCCACUAGGGAUUUUGAGAAAGAUAACAAAACCUGUCGUGGGAUGUUGUUGCACUACAUGACUGCUUCUCUUUAUAUGAUUUAUAGUAAGUCUAAGAAUGCUAUGGAAAUUUGGGAUGCUCUGAAAACUAAGUAUGGAACUGAUGAUUUUGGGACUAAGAAAUAUGCUUGUAGUCGUUGGUUAAAUUUCCGUAUGACUGAUGAUAAGCCUGUCCUUGAUCAAGUUCAUGAGUAUGAACAUUUAUGUGCUGAUAUUGUUGCUGAGGGUAUGAAAAUCUGUGAGCUUUUCCAAGCCAAUUGUCUCCUUGAGAAAUUAACCCCUUCUUGGCAAACCUAUGUCCAUUCCAUGAAACACAAACAAAAAGACUUUACCCUUCAAGAACUCGUUUCCCACAUUAAGAUUGAAGAGCAGAACCGUAUCCAAACCAAGGGAAAAACUACUGACCAUUCUUCCUCUACUGCUAAUCUUGUUGAAACUAAAAGAAAUGCAGGUUAUAAUAAGGGACCGAAAGGCAAGGGUCCAAAUCAGUUCCAUGGUACAAGGUAG